AUGGCUAUCGAGAAGAUCCAGGCCCGCAUGGUCCUCGACUCGCGUGGUAACCCCACCGUCGAGGUCGACAUCACCACCGAGAAGGGUCUCUUCCGCGCCGCCGUCCCCUCCGGUGCCUCGACCGGUAUCCACGAGGCUGUCGAGCUCCGCGACGGCGACAAGAACGCCUGGAUGGGCAAGGGCGUCUCCAAGGCCAUCGACAACGUCAACAACAUCAUCGCCCCCGAGCUCAUCAAGUCCGGCCUUCCCGUCACCUCGCAGAAGGAGAUCGACGACUUCCUGAUCAAGCUCGACGGCACCGCCAACAAGGGCAAGCUCGGCGCCAACGCCAUCCUCGGUGUCUCGAUCGCCGUCGCCAAGGCCGGUGCCGGCGAGCAGGGUCUCCCCCUCUACAAGUACCUCGCCAACCUCAGCGGCGUCAAGGCCCCCUACGUCCUGCCCGCCCCCGCCAUGAACGUCAUCAACGGCGGCUCGCACGCCGGCAACGCCCUUGCCUUCCAGGAGUUCAUGAUCGUCCCCACGGGCGCCAAGAGCUUCACCGAGUCGGUCAAGAUCGGCACCGAGGUCUACCACAACCUCAAGAAGGUCAUCAACACCAAGUACGGCAUCGACGCCACCAACGUCGGUGACGAGGGUGGAUUCGCCCCCAACGUCCAGUCGGCCGACGAGGCGCUCGAGAUCCUCACCGAGGCCAUCGCCAAGGCCGGCUACGAGGGCCAGGUGCACAUCUCGCUCGACGUUGCCUCGUCCGAGUUCUACAAGGAGGGCAAGUACGACCUCGACUUCAAGAACCCCAACUCGGACUCGUCCAAGUGGCUCACGGGCAAGGAGCUCGCCGACGUCUACCUCGGCUUCAUCAAGAAGUACCCGAUCACCUCGAUCGAGGACCCCUUCGACCAGGACGACUGGGAGGCGUGGUCGCACCUGCGCGCCAACGCCGGCAUCACCAUCAUCGGCGACGACCUCACGGUCACCAACCCGCUGCGCAUCAAGACUGCCAUCGAGAAGAAGGCGUGCAACGGUCUGCUGCUCAAGAUCAACCAGAUCGGCACCAUCUCCGAGUCGAUCCAGGCGGCGCAGCUCGCCCAGUCGGACAACUGGGGCGUCAUGGUGUCGCACCGCUCCGGUGAGACCGAGGACGUGACCAUCUCGGACCUCGUCGUCGGUCUGGGCGUCGGCAUCAUCAAGACCGGUGCUCCUUGCCGAUCGGAGCGCACUGCCAAGUACAACCAGCUCCUGCGCAUCGAGAGCCUCGAGCCCUCGGCCGUGUACGCCGGCAUCGACGGCUUCACCCAGGGCGAGACCGCCCCCAAGGUCAUUACCAACAAGUCGGCCUAA